AUGGCAGAAGCAUGCCAUCACCACCCCCCUGCAACAGAACUCUCCAAGGCAGAGCGCUUCAAAGCUACGCACCUCGCCGCGCGCCAUGGCAACUACCACCAAUAUUACGCUAAGUUCCGGGCGCCCACCGUUCCGGACGAGCGCCUUUCCAUUCUCCCAUCAGAUAUCCUCCGCAACGCGCGAGUCAUAGACCUAGGCUGCAACGCGGGCAAACUGACCCAUGAGGCGAUAGCGCACUGCGGCGCGGCCGCCUCAGUCGGCGUCGAUAUCGACCCGUGGCUGGUCGAGCAGGCGAAGGCGGCGUACCCAGACGGGCCGUGCACAUUUGAGCACUUUGACUUCGUGGAUGCGUCCGCAUACACGGGUACCGCGCUGGGCAAGUUCGACGUUGUCCUACUGCUCUCUGUUACCAAGUGGAUACAUCUCAACAACGGGGACUCCGGGAUGUUGACGCUAUUUGCACAUAUACAAAGCAUACUGAAUGAGGGGGGCUAUCUCGUCGUGGAGCCGCAGCCUAUGAGCAAUUAUGCGAGAGCUUCAAAGAGGAAUAAAGAAUUGAGAGAGACGUAUAAGACGAUCCAGAUUAGGCCACCGUUUGAGGAUGAGUUGAAAGCGCAGGGAUUUGAGAGGAUACUGAAAGUUGAGAGGGAUGAAGAGGGGUUUGCUAGGCCAGUACAUGUUUGGAAAAAAAAAAAAAAGUAUCAUAAUAUGAUCAAUGGAGAUGGCUUAAAAUGA